AUGGGGACUCGCUGGGCCACCCCGGGCGGUGCCGCGGGGCUGCUCGUGCUGUUGCUGCGAUGCUUCGAGCUUGCCGAGCCUUCCGAGCUCUCAGGUAACGAUCCGUUCACCAUCAUGGAUGAAAACACCGGCAAAUGCAUCCGGCCACUGUCCGACUGGAUCGUGGCGCAGGACUGCAGUGACACCGGAAGCUUGUUAUGGAAGUGGGUGUCCCAGCACCGCCUCUUUCACCUGGAAUCCCAAAAGUGCCUGGGCCUAGAUAUUACCAAAACCACCAACAACCUGCGCAUGUUCCGCUGUGACUCCAGUGCCAUGCUGUGGUGGAAAUGUGAGCACCAUUCCCUGUACAGUGCUGCCCAGUACAGGCUGGCCCUGAAAGACGGCUAUGCCACAGCCAGCACCAAUUCGUCCGCUGUCUGGAAGAAGGGAGGCUCCAGGGAGAGUCUUUGUAAUCAGCCUUACCAUGAGAUAUAUACCAGAGAUGGGAACUCCCACGGGAGACCUUGUGAGUUUCCAUUCUUGGUUGGUGAGACAUGGCACCAUGACUGCGUUCUUGAUGGAGACCAUAAUGGGCCCUGGUGUGCCACUACCCUAAAUUAUGAGUAUGAUCAAAAGUGGGGCAUCUGCUUAAAAGCAGAAAAUGGCUGCGAGGGUCACUGGGAAAGGAACGAGCAGACUGGAAGUUGCUACCAGUUUAAUAAUCAGGAGGUUCUUUCUUGGAAAGAAGCUUACGUCUCCUGUCAGAACCAAGGAGCUGACUUGCUGAGCAUCCACAGCGCUGCUGAACUGGCGUAUAUUACGGGAAAGGAAGACAUUGCUCCAAUUGUUUGGAUCGGACUGAAUCAGCUCUAUUCUGCUAGAGGCUGGGAAUGGUCAGACUUCAAGCCAUUAAAAUUUCUUAACUGGGAUCCAGGCACGCCCGUUGCGCCUAUGAUUGGCGGGUCAAGCUGCGCGAGAAUGGACACCGAGUCGGGGCUGUGGCGGAGUGUUUCCUGCGAAACCCAGCAGCCCUACGUCUGCAAAAAGCCGUUGAACAAGACGGUGUCUCUCCCAGAUGUUUGGACGUAUUUGGAUGCCCGCUGUGAUGCAGGCUGGCUGCCAAAUAAUGGAUUUUGCUAUCUCCUGGCAAAUGAAAGUGGCACCUGGGAUGCGGCCCAUUCCAAAUGCAGCGCCUUAGGCGGUGACCUCAUCAGCAUUCACUCCUUAGCGGACAUCGAGGUGGUUGUCACAAAACUCCAUAGUGGCGAUGUCAAAGAAGAAAUAUGGACGGGCCUUAAGAACAUAAAGAGCCCCACUUUGUUCCAGUGGUCAGAUGGUACGGAAGUUACUCUAACGCACUGGAAUGGGAAUGAGCCUAGUGUUCCCUACAAUAAGACUCCCAACUGUGUUUCCUAUUUAGGAAAGUUAGGUCAGUGGAAAGUCCAGUCCUGUGAAAAGAAGCUCAGAUAUGUGUGCAAGAAAAAGGGAGAGCUAACUAAUGACACGCGGUCUGACAAGCUGUGUCCUCCAGAGGAGGGCUGGAAGAGACAUGGAGAAAACUGUUACAAAAUCUAUGGGGAUGAGGUCCCUUUCGGAACAAACUGCAACCUGACCAUCACCAGCAGAUUUGAGCAGGAAUACUUGAAUGACAUGAUGAAGAAGUACGACAAGUCCCUUCAGAAGUACUUCUGGACCGGCCUGAGAGACACCAAUGCCCGCGGGGAGUACAGUUGGGCCGUCACUGGUGGACUAAAGCAGGCUAUGACCUUUUCCAACUGGAAUUUUCUUGAACCAGCAUCUCCAGGUGGGUGUGUGGCUAUGUCUACCGGAAAAACUCUUGGCAGGUGGGAAGUGAAAAACUGCAAAAGCUUCCGAGCCCUUUCAAUAUGCAAGAAAACAAGUGGCCCCCAGGAGCCCGAGGAGGCAGCCCCAAAGCCUGAUGAGCCCUGUCCUCAAGGCUGGCAGACUUUCCCCUCCAAUCUCUCCUGUUUUAAGGUAUUCCAUAUAGAAAGGAUUAUAAGAAAGAGGACCUGGGAAGAAGCUGAAAGGUUCUGUCAAGCGCUUGGAGCGCACCUACCCAGCUUCAGUCAUCUGGAUGAAGUGAAGGACUUUGUUCGUUUGUUACAGGACCAGUUCAGUGGGCAGCGUUGGUUGUGGAUUGGCCUGAAUAAAAGAAGCCCUGACUUACAGGGGUCCUGGCAGUGGAGUGAUCAGACACCAGUGUCUACUGUGAUCAUGCAUCAGGAGUUCCAGCAGGAUUAUGACAUCAGAGACUGUGCUGCCAUCAAGGUACUUGACAGUCCUUGGCUAAGAAGCUGGUAUUUCUAUGACGAGAGAAAAUUUGUUUAUUUGAAGCCUUUUGCCUGUGAUGCGCAGCUUGACUGGGUGUGCCAGAUUCCAAAAGGCAACACUCCCCAAAUACCAGACUGGUACAAUCCAGAGCGCGCUGGAAUUCACGGGCCCCCCGUUAUAAUCGAAAGAAGCGAAUACUGGUUUGUUGACAACCCCCACUUAAACUACGAAGAAGCUGUCCUGUACUGUGCCAGCAAUCACAGCUAUCUUGCCACGAUAUCGUCUUUUGCAGAACUAAAAGCUAUCAGAACCAAAAUAGCAAAUAUAUCUGGCGAGGAGCAGAAGUGGUGGGUGAAAAUGAGCGUGAACCCCAUGGACCGUUACUUUCUGAGAUCCCGACACUCGUGGCAUCGUUUUUCCAUACCUUUUGGAGAUGAGUGCUUGCGCAUCUCAGCCAAGAUGUGGUUUCUCGACUUAAGUAAACUAUCAGACUGUAAUGACAAGCUGCCGUUCGUCUGUGAAAAGCACAAUGUGUCUUCAUUAGAGAAAUACAGUCCAGAACCUGCGGCUAAAGUCCGGUGUACUGGGGAAUGGAUUCCGUUUCAGAAUAAGUGCUUUUUAAAAGUCAACUCUGCGCGGGUUCCAUUUUCUCAAGCAAGUAGCAUCUGCCAUACCUACGGUGGCACCCUUCCUUCUGUGCUGAGCAAGAGUGAACAAGAUUUUAUUACAUCCUUGCUUCCUGAAAUGGAUAGUAGUUUGUGGAUUGGUCUGCGCUGGACUGCCUAUGACAGAAUCAGCAAGUGGACAGAUGGCAGAAACCUGACCUACAGCAACUUCCACCCGUUGCUGGUCGGUCGGAGGCUGAGCAUCCCAGCAAGUUUCUUUGAUGACGAGUCUCACUACCACUGUGCCCUGAUGCUCAAUCUCAAAAAGUCGCCGUACACUGGGACCUGGAAUUUUACUUCCUGCUCCGACCUCCAUUCUCUGUCUCUCUGUCAGAAGUACGCAGAUGUUGAAGAUGGACAGCCCUGGGAGACCAAUUCAGAAACUGUAAAAUAUCUAAAUAACCUGUACAAAAUCAUCUCGAAGCCUGUGACUUGGCACGGCGCUCUGAAAGAGUGUCUGAAAGAGAACAUGCGGCUAGUGAGCAUCACAGACCCUUACCAGCAGGCCUUCCUCUCCGUGCAGGCCACGCUGCGCAACAGCUCCUUCUGGAUCGGACUCUCCAGUCAAGAUGAUGAGCUCAACUUUGGCUGGUCAGAUGGGAAACAUCUUCAUUUUAGUAACUGGGCUGUCAACAAUGAGAAGCUUGAUGACUGCGUGAUCUUAGACUCGGACGGGUUCUGGAAGACAGCUGACUGCGAUGCUAACCAACCCGGCGCCAUUUGCUACUACUACCCAGGAAAUGAGACGGAAAAGGAGGUCAAACCAUUCAGCAGCGUUAAGUGUCCGUCUCCUGUGCAGAGCACGCCAUGGGUGCCGUUCCAGAACUCCUGCUACAACUUCAUGAUCACAAAGAAUAGACAUAAGACAAUCACGCCGAGGGAGGUACACGCCACCUGCCAGACACUGCAUUCAAAAGCCCAGAUUCUGAGUAUUCGGAAUGAAGAGGAGAACGACUUUGUGGUUGAGCAGCUUCUGUACUUCAAUUAUAUAGCUUCCUGGGUCAUGCUAGGGAUAACCUAUGAAAACAACUCUUUGAUGUGGUUUGAUAAGACCGCAUUGUCAUAUGCACACUGGAGAACGGGAAGACCAGCUGUGAAAAACGACCAAUUUUUGGCCGGUCUGAGUACUGAUGGCUUCUGGGAUAUUCAGUCCUUCAAUGUUAUUGAGGAAACGCUUCGUUUUUACCAACACAGUAUUUGUGCUUGUAAAAUUGAAAUGGUCGACUACAAGCAAGAGCACAAUAGUACCCUGCCAGAGUUCAUCACUUAUGAGGAUGGCAUCUAUAAUGUUAUUCAGAAAAAGGUGACAUGGUACCAAGCAUUGAACAUGUGCUCUCAAAGUGGGGGGCAUUUAGCAAGUGUUCACAACCUAAACGAGCAGCUCUUCCUGGAAGACAUCGUGAACCGUGAUGGAUUCCCUCUCUGGGUUGGGCUCUCAAGUCAUGAUGGAAGUGAAUCAAGCUUCGAAUGGGCCGAUGGCAGUGCCUUUGACUAUAUCCCAUGGAAAACCCAAGGGUCUCCUGGAAACUGUCUCAUCCUAAAUCCGAAAGGAAUUUGGAAACAUGAAAAGUGCCUGUCUGUUAAGGAUGGUGCUAUUUGUUACAAGCCUACAAAACCUAAAGAACUGUCCCAACGUGCAGACUCAUCAAAAUGUCCAGUGGCCAGAAGGAAUGGUUCCCAGUGGGUCCAGUACGGGGACCACUGUUACUCGGCGGAGCAGGCAUUGUACAGCUUCUCGGAGGCCAAACAAUUGUGUCAGGAACUCGAUCAUUCUGCAACUGUUGUCACAAUAGCAAAUGAAAAUGAGAAUAAAUUUGUGAGCAGGUUGAUGAGGGAGAAUUAUAAUAUAACUAUGAGAGUUUGGCUUGGACUCUCUCAGCAUUCACUCGAUCAGUCUUGGAACUGGCUAGAUGGAUUAGAUGUGACAUUUGUCAAAUGGGAAAAUAAAAGCAACAACGAUGAUGGAAAAUGUAGCAUUUUAAUAGCUUCAAAUGAAACCUGGAAAAAAGUCGAAUGUUCCCGUGGUUAUGCAAGAGUUGUCUGCAAAGUUCCUCUGAACUGCCCUUCACCCGCCUGGGUUCAGUUCCAAGGCAGCUGCUACACUUUUCUUCGAGUUACCGUCAACGUGGAAAGCAUAGAAGAUGUCAGGAACCAGUGCAUUGGCCACGGAGCAGACAUGAUAAGUAUACACAACGAAGAAGAAAAUGCUUUUAUACUGGACACUUUACAAAAGCAAUGGAAAGGCCCGGAUGACCUCCUGCUAGGCAUGUUUUAUGACACCGAUGAUGCAAGUUUCAAGUGGUUUGAUAACUCAAAUAUGACCUUUGACAAGUGGGCAGAUCAAGAUGGCGAGGACCUGGUUGACACCUGCGGUUUCCUGUACACCAAGACAGGCGAGUGGAAAAAAGGGAACUGUGAAAUUUCUUCUGUGGAGGGGACACUCUGCAAAGCUGCAAUUCCAUAUGACAAGAAAUAUUUAUCAGAUAACCACAUUUUAAUAUCAACUCUGGUGAUUGCUGGCACAGUAACUCUGACAGUUUUGGGAGCAAUUAUUUGGUUCCUCUAUAAAAGGAAUGCUUGCUCUGGCUUCAGCGUCUUCUCAACCACACUGCAAUCGCCUUACAAUGACGACUGCGCUUUGGUAGUUGCAGAUGAUGACUAUGCUGUCCAGCUGGACUAAGACUUCAAUAUUAUCAAACCAUCGUAUCAAAUACCCUUAAUGAUUUCCUGUGCAAGGCUUUGAUAUAAAAGUUACCACAGAUAACUGACGCUUUUUUUCCCUUUAUUUUCGUAAUAUUUUCAUGUACUCGCUGUAACAAAAUAGUAAUGUUUUGGUUCAUUUUUUCUUAAAAAGCAGGUUUUAGAAAAGAAACAACUAUAGAUCUAACUUCAAAGUUUUCUUAGGUAAUUUUCAUUCGAGUAAAUGAAACCUCCGUGUACAAUAAAGCUGCUAAAAUGCUGGCUCUUAUUA